AUGCGUUUGCGGUACAUUCUGACGGCUUUGGUGAGCUGUUCCUCUCUGGAGCGAUAGGAUGUUUUCACCUCCUCCAGCAUGGACUCAACAAACCCCUUCAACUUCUGUCCCAAAUCCCCCUCCCCAGCUGCGGAAACACAUCCUGUAGCUGGAGUUACGUGUUUGUCACCGACCAAGAGAGAGAGAACUUAUUCCCAAGCACCCCUACCCUCUCAUCCCAGUCCUUCUGAGCUUUUCAGGGAUAAAGCACACACAUGCUCGCACGUGAACAUGGGAAACUGGUUAGGACGAGUAAUCUGAGAUAAAACGAGUGAGGAAAGAGUGUGGGAAAAAACGAGGAACAGAGACCGCAUCACGCAGACAUUCCUCAGCAGGGAGACGAGGAGAAAAAAAACCAGCCAGCGCACAUCUGGAGGAGAAAGGGGGAGGAACGGACGGGCAGAGAGCAGCAGAAGAACAGAGUGAUUUUAAGAAAGCGUGCGUGUUUAUGUGAUGGCCUUGGAGGUCGAGCGUCCAGCUUUACGAGCAGCAGUGACCCCCGAAUCUGAGGAAGAGGGUUAGAGACUCAUGUCAAGACUCCAGAAUGAGUGGUGAUGUCCUCUAGCUAACCUCUCACAGCAUUCAUGCCGCUCUGCGUUUCUGCAUAGCGUACCCGUGUACGUUUCAGGAAUUCGGGCGCUCGGGAGGGUGUAUGGCCGUGCGCAGGCUGGUGGUGGUGGCGGCGGCAGUGGCCCUGCUUUCUCUGGUGCUCAACAACGUGGCGACGUUCAACUCCAGCUGGGUGCUGCAGGAGCUAGAGAACGGACGGCGGCGGAGCGUGGGGCUCUGGAGAGCGUGUGCACAUGAGGACACACACGCUCAUGAACACACAGCCUGCCAGAGACUCAGCUGGGGAUCGGAGCUCGCGGGGUCUCAGGAGUCACGCAGCACCGUCAAACUUCAGUUUGACAUGAUGCGGGCAUGUAACCUGAUGGCUACGGUGGCUCUGACAGUGGGUCAGCUAAUCUUCCUGUUUGGGUUACUGGAGAUAACCAACAUUACCCAGGAUUCUCAGUGGUGGGAGGAAGCCAUCGCUGCCUUGUUCCAGUUAGCCAGUUUUGUGCUGGUGAUCGGUCUGGUGACAUUCUACAGGAUUGGCCCCAAUACUUACCUGUCCUACGACUGCUACAUUAACAUCGCUGCCUGCUUGUUUGCCACACUAGCGGCCGCCAUGCUAAUCUGGAAUAUUCUGCAUCGGCGUGAUGACUCCAUGUCUCCGUCGGUCAUCGUCAUCAGCCGAUCUCUGACCACACCCUUCAGGCCACGUCUAGACAAUGACUACGUAGAGUCACCAUGCUGACACACACAGACACAUCUCACCUGAGACAAAACACAGACGGACGGACACAAAUACACCUGGAGAGGAGUUCUAUCAUUUUAAGUGAAACUGAUCUCCUGGAAUGAUGAGGGCAGUGAUCAUGUGACUGCAAAAAGUGGAUUCGGACUAAAUGGAAGACUUCUGAAAUGCAUUUAAACACAGAAGCAGCACUGAGGAUUGCCAUGAAUCCAACAGACAGAUAAAGAUCAAGCUGGAUCUUGACACGUUUAUGUUCAUAAGGAGAAAGUAGAAACACAUUUGCAUGCACAAAUAUCUGUUGUAGUUCUAUGAAACAUGGAGUUUCAGAUUUUAUAUUUGAAUAUUGCUCCCAGGUCAACUGAAUACAGUCCUUUACAGACCAGCAUGGAAUCUGCACUUGAGUACAUGUUCUCUGCUAAUUGAAGAUUUUUAUAUAACUAUGUCCAAUCAUUUGUGUGUGUGUGUGUGUGUGUGUGUGUUUUGAAUAAAUCUAUCUAGUUUUGCAUAAAUAAAUCUAUUUAGUUUUAAAUCUAAAACUAAAUCUAUUUUUAGAAACAUUGCAAUAUUUUGCAUUAUGACAUAUUUAUUACAAAAAAACACGUCUAAAGGCUUUACAUUUGAGCAUUUUUAUUUUAUUAUGACAAUAACCACAAAUUAAAGCAGAACAACAAAUGUA